GUGGUUUCUUGGGGACACUAGGCGGAAUAGCUCGAGCUUUGCCACCUCUGGUUUCUUACUGCAAGUUGGACGUUGGGUUUUGCCACUGUCAGAGAGACGUCUCAAGAAUUUCUCUCCCCGGAUCUUUGUAGAUCACCCCCUCAGCAGGGUCUCUGCAUCGCCGCCAGGAUGAAGCUGAUUCCCGUCGCCCUCCUGUAUCUGGGCUCGCUCGCCUUCCUUGGCGCGGACACUGCGCGGCUCGACGUGGCGUCGGAGUUCAGAAAGAAAUGGAAUAAGUGGGCUCUAAGUCGCGGGAAGAGGGAACUUCGGGUGUCCAGUAGCUACCCCACCGGGCUCGCUGACGUGCAAGCCGGGUCUGCCCAUACUCUCAUUCGGCCGCAGGACGUGAAGGGCGCCUCUCGCAGCCCCCAGGCCAGCAAUCCGGACACCGCCCGCAUAAGAGUCAAGCGCUACCGCCAGAGUAUGAACAACUUCCAGGGCCUGCGAAGCUUUGGCUGUCGCUUCGGGACGUGCACCGUGCAGAAGCUGGCACACCAGAUUUACCAGUUCACAGACAAGGACAAGGACGGCGUCGCCCCUAGGAACAAGAUCAGCCCCCAGGGCUACGGCCGCCGGCGCCGGCGCUCUCUGCCAGAGGCCGGCCAGGUCCGGACUCAGUCGUUUUCCGAGCCUCAGGCACGCGGGGCUCCAACCUCCCGCGCGCAUCAAGUGCUCACCACCCUUCUUGGGAUUUAGGCAGCUAUGACAGCUGUGAACAGUCGCGCAUGCCUCCCGCAGGCGCCUCCCGGGGCCGAGGGCUUCCUGGAGCCGAGCCCCACAGCCAAUCGAGACCGGGCUGAGACAGUCCUGCAGAGACCGGGAGUCGGGGAGGCACCGUCGGGCGAGGAGCCUUGGGUUGCAGGAGCCCCUCCUCCUCGGAGGCAGCGUUCCCUUCGCCCUAGUCGGGCCCGGGUGCCCCUGGGGGGCAGAGGAAUCUGGGGGAGUAUCUAUCAGGCCUACGGAGAGAAGCAGAAUGAAAUGCUGAGACCCCCUCACAAGGGCAGGGGUCUGAGCCACCGCUGUGCCCAACCACAAACUGAUUUCCCACAGGGUGUCACCCCACCGGGAGCACGCCUCACUAUUACUUGAACUUUCCAAAACCUAGAGAGGAAAAGUGCAAUGCGUGUUAUAUAUAUAGAGGUAACUAUCAAUAUUUAAGUUUGUUGCUGUCAAGAUUUUUUUUUUGUAAUUUCAAAUAUAGAGAUAUUUUUGUACGUUAUAUAUUGUAUUAAGGGCAUUUUAAAGCAAUUGCAUUGUCCUCCCCUCUAUUUUAAUACGUGAAUGUCUCAGCGAAGUGUAACGCGUUGUUUGCUGCGUGGAAUGUGUGAGUGUGUGCGUGAAAGAGACUGAUUACCUCUUUGGAAGAAGGAAACACCGUGUCUCUGUCUAAUCUACUUACAUAAAUUGGGUGAUAUGAGAAAUGGCAAAUAAACUGUUUCAAUGCUGAUA